AUGCGUGUUACACUUCCUUUUCUUGGCUCACUUGCUCUAUUGCACAGAGUCUCGGCCCAAUGCCAAGAAGUAAUACCCGCCCAAUAUGCUGGGACACCGUUCACCAACAGUUUGAAGACGAACCAUGCGUUGUCCAACAUCACAUUUUUCAAGAUUAGAGACCCCUCCGGCCAACAUAUCUGCACUUCAGAUGCUUCUAGCGAUUUCAGUCUGCUGAACUACAUCUCGCUAAAUUCCACAGGGAAAAGGUUGCAGAACAAUGAAAUAAAACGGCUUGUCAUUGUUGUGUCAGGAGCACAGGCGGACGCAUGGGCCUACCACAAGGACAUGAUUAAUGCUUUGCAAGCUAUGAAAGACAGCUCGAUUACAACGGAUAAUGUGGCUAUCCUGGCACCGUACUUCCCUAACGACAACCAUGCCGGUACAGGAUUCCCCUACAAUUCUGCUGGGACCACUCCAAAUGCGAAGUACCCAUCUCCCGCACUGGUAUGGUAUGGCUCAGAUUGGGGUGGUGGUGCCAACAAUCAGUACCCGCCGCGUCUAAAGACGGUGUCUGCCUACGAUGUGCUGGAUCAACUUAUCCAGUACUAUGCAAACACUGCGAUAUUUCCGAAUAUCAAGCAAAUAGUCGUCUCUGGUCACUCUAUGGGAGCGCAGAUGCUGCACCGUUACGCGGCGGUAGGCAAGACCAGGGCGCAACUCGGUGUUACCGUUCCUGUGAGCAUCUACAUUGGAAAUCCCAGCAGUGAGACUCGCUUCACCAGUGACCGACCACUAUCAACGGGCAAGUGCUCCAGCACAUUCAACGACUGGCGUGAAGGUCUGGAUAAAUACAGUGCUUAUGGCGCGGCUCAUGGGGGAGAGCUUACGUACAACGCCGAGCUGAUUGCGCAAGGUGGUGAUGCCGUGUUGGCUAACUAUAGGGGGAAGACCGUAGCCCAUGGGCGUGGUAUUUUGGAUCGUGGCGACUAUUCCGAAGGUCUCUGUGCACCAUACACAACGGGAAAGGAUCGUCACGAGCGGUUCUUCAAGUUCCUGGAGAAAUGGCCUCCAUUGUGUCCUGAUCCGGCAGCAGAUGGCUGCCACACGGUCGACUUCGUGAGCACCACACAUAACAACAAGGAGAUGUUCACGUCGCCAGCAGGCUGGGCACGGCUGUUCCGGGACAAUUUCAACGGAGACAACUCCAAAGCUUACGACUUCGGCUAUCCUCGCCACUCUGAGGUGGACGACCCAUACCCAGACCCGGCUCAGGCAGGAGCUCCCCUCACGUCUACAGACACUAACACGUAUGCUGGUGGGAAGACACACCGUGGUUGCUUCACCGAUGUGGACAAUGCUCAAUCGGUUGCCACAUUGACUGUAGUGGGUUACAGUGGGAAUCUGAACACCCGUACCUACUGCGCGAAUACCUGUACGCAGAAGGGUUACACCAUUGCGGGUCUGCGAGACUCGACUUGCUAUUGCGGGAACUCUCUUGGAUCACAAACUGUGCGUGUUGUUACGUCAUCUUGCUACAACAAGUGCCCAGGCGACUCCAGCUUGUGUGGUACUACGAAUCGUCUAUCGAUUCUCUCUAGCGUUGAUGUCUAA